AUGGCCAAAGCAGAGUUGGUCGUUGAAAAGUCGGUGGUUAGAGCUUUGUACGGCGGAGCAACUUCUCUAAAUUUAAGUUCGCAGAAAAUAAAGGACGUUCCCGAGUGUGUUUCCAGAUUAACAAAGCUGUCAGUCCUCCUGUUGAACAACAACUCCAUCAGCGGCCUCCCCGCCGAGCUGCGCUCUCUGCAACGACUGGCUGAACUGAAUUUGGGGAAUAAUGACUUGGAGGAGGUCCCCGCUGUUCUGGGCCAUCUGGAGUCCUUGAAAAAACUCUACCUGUUCAGCAACCAAAUUACUGUAGUGCCACCUGAAGUGAUAGGUGGCUUGGUGAACCUCGUUGUCCUCAAUCUGAACCACAACCACAUCCAGAGACUCCCAGCAGAGAUCAGAAGCUUGACUAAACUUCAACACCUCAGUGUGCUGGACAACAAGCUGGAGGAAGUUCCAGUUGAGGUUGGUCAUCUGGCAAGGUUGUCUGAGAUAAACCUGACCUCCAACAAGUUGUCUCGGCUACCUCAGCAGCUGUACCAGUGCAAAGAACUGACAAAGCUGUAUGCAGCCAGAAACGACCUGACCAGCCUGCCAGAGGGAAUAAAAACACUGGAAAAACUUCAAGUUCUCGAUGUUGCUGGGAACAAGUUGACCAUGUUCCCUGUUGAGUUUCAGCUGCUACCUCUAAAGGAGCUGUACUGUGAAGGCAACAGGUUUGUGCAACGUGAGCCGAUGCCGUCGGUGCAGGAUGCUGAGGUGCUGACGUUAAAGGAACUGGUUGCCAGAUUUGUUUUGCAGGAGGACAGGAACAGGUUCUCUCUGAUCCACAGGAUGCUUCCUCACUACCCGUCCCUGACUGCCCCGCUGGCCUGUGGCAGCUGUUGUGCAGUCUGCCAGCGCCCCUUCCUCACCACCUGGCUGGAAUGUGUGCAUUUUAUAAGUCUGAAGAAGGACAUGAAAAUGAGGAGUUUGCUGACUGUUCCGGUGCGCGCCCUUCUCUGUUCAUACAAGUGCUUUAACACAGAUGGACACUCCUACUAUGGUGUUGCAACAAGAUAA